AUGAUAUUGGUGUCCAUCCCUAAUGUGAUCAAUUACAACAUCCACUUAUACGGUAAUUCAUACGAGAUCAAGGUGCGCAAGCUUGAUGAGUACCGGUCAGUGGUCAUUGUCAACAAGAAUCUCUACAGGACCAACUUCCAUCAAACAUUGAACCCCGAUGACUUCCAACUCUCGGCACACUUCUUCACAUUGGAUAGUUUUGGAGCGAAACAAACGAUGAUGCUGAGGACAGAGGUGGAGUCACUAAAAGAGUUAGUCAAUGGGCUGAAUAAGCAGCUGGCUGAAUCAAAGGAGACAAAUGCCAAUCUUCUCCAUGCCCUAGCAGCAAAGGAUGAAAUGAUUCCUCAUCAUAACCAGGUACAUGAUGUUUCUGAAAAGUCCACUGGGGUCACAAGGACAAAGCGACCUCUAUUGGAGCAUGAACGAGAUAGAUCCAAAGACAAGAAGAGUAGGAAAUAA